AUGCAAAGCGGGGACAAAUAUGCUGCUUUAAUUCGCAAUUGGAAGCGUGAUAUCUGUGUGGCAAUUGAGCAGGUUCAGGCAAUAUCGCGAAACGAGAAGAAUUUGCUACAGUUAAAUCUCGAGACGCAUCAUCUCCCAUUCCAGCCAUCUCCUGUGUUGAUGCGACUGCUUCAAAAUGACCGUCGACGACGAAGCAGCGGUGGACUUCGUUCAGCUACCAAACAGCAACUGAAAAGCGCAGACUACCUGGAUCGAAAGUUCGAAUCGGAGAUUCGCCAGCACUAUGAGGUGGAAAAUGCUCAUAGCUGUGGCAAAUGGAAACGAUUUCACUCGCGAGCUUCAGAGGCACGCCACCAACUAGCUUCCGGGAUUGAGGGUGACUUCCGUCAGUUCUGUCGUCAGAUGGGUAUUUCUUGUGACGAGUUGCAACCAAAAGAACAGAAGCAAGACAAAGACAACCAACAACACGAAUGUACUCCCUCCUCACUGCCUGCUGUCACAAUGUCACUUGAAGACUCAUUACGCUUUCAUUUGGCUCAAGAGUGGGUUCAUCAAGAGCGCUUUAACAUACAGGAGGCUUUCACGAAUCAAACCAAGAAGCUACAGGAGGACUUGGAUGCAUUCGUUGAACAACUGGAGACAGAGUUUUUAGAGGAGCGUCAGAAGGCGCUAAGCGCAUUAACCCAACAGCCCGAAAAUGAACUUGUAGCAAGGAAACGCCACCGCCACAAAACAAGCUCUCAGUUCCAAAGUAGCGCUAUGCGGGGAAUGUUACUGCAAACAGCUCCUCUAUUGCCUGUCGAGCCAACAGAUACAGAAGAAAGAGUAGUGCCAUGGCGAGGAGUAACAGCGGGAUCAAGAGUUCGCUCUAGUUCGCGACGCAUUCGCAAUGACGUCGAUGAAACUCAAGACAAAAUGGACGAACUUCAAAGGCACCUGCAACUUCACACAGAGGUACGUAGUACUGAUCUAUUCAGAUUGGACCAUUUUUCAGUGAUAGUUUCCAGGCUGCCGAGGCGAAGCGCAAAGAUCGUAUGCAGUGGAUUGGAAGGCAAUGCGCGCACUUGUUUGCUCAGCUGGACUGCAAGGAAACCGAAGCUGCUGUGGUCGCAAUGCUGUUGA